CAAAACCAAAAACAAAGAAAGGGUGAGAGAGAGUGUUUGUGUGUGCUUGCUUUUAUAGGUGGAGGGUUUCAAGGGAGGAGACAUGCCCGAGAUCUCCCCUACAGCUUCUUCUUGCCUAAUCAGAUCACAAAGGUUAUACAUUUGUAAACGUACUUGACUGACGGAGAUGGUAUCACUCAUCUUUUGCCUUCCUUGAAUACCUCUUUCAAAGGGAGCCAAAACGAAUCUUUGUAUUGUUAAGAAUCCUGAGGAAUUUGCAUCACCUUAGGAAUCCGAGGAACUAGAUGGCUACUCGAGUUCAAAACCUUCCCGAGGAAAACUGUGGUCAAAGGUCUGUCUCAGUGCCACAUUUUGCUGUUAGUUGCCCUUUACAGUGGACCUCCAAUGAACAGCACAUUCCAUGGUUAUCCAGGACCACAAGCUUGAAAGUCGAAUCUUCAUCCCAACUUUGUCAUGAAGCAAAGGAUUUAGGUCUUCAACUUCCAGACCAAGAUUCAUCUACAACUGAAUCAAUUGGGUUUGCCAAUGGUAAAAUUGGUGCCGCGGGACGAGCCAAUUCUCAAGAUCAAAGCAUUUCCUCAGAAUCUGUUCAAAGUGGAAGUUGCAGCAAAAGGGUGGAUGGUCAAAUGAAGCUAGCUCCUUAUUUGAGUACCCGAGACACUGCUGUCGAUCCUGCUCUAGUUGAUUAUCAGAACUCAAUGGCUCAAGUUCCUUAUGCUUAUGUCAAUGCUUGCUAUGGCAGUUUAUAUACUCCAUAUGGACCACAGGCUAUCCCCCAAUUAGGAGCUCAGAUGGUUGAGAUGGCAUCUGCGCGAGUCCCACUGCCUCUUGAUCUUGCUGAUGAUGCUCCCAUUUAUGUAAAUGCAAAACAAUAUCAUGGAAUUCUCAGAAGGAGACAGUCACGGGCAAAGCUUGAGGCUCAAAACAAACUAGUCAAAGCACGGAAGCCCUACCUUCACGAAUCUCGGCAUCGUCAUGCAUUGAAUAGGGUUAGAGGAUCCGGUGGACGCUUUCUUAGCACAAACAAGCUACAACAAUCCAUUACAUCUCCCACAACUAGCAUGCCUUGCGUCUCAGUCUCAAAUAGCAUUCACUUACAUCAAAAGAAUGAUAUGUCGGAGUUCAAAGUCUGUCAGUCAGAAACGGCUGAAUAUAUGUCAAACGCAACAUGCUCAGACAUCACAAGUGUCCCUGAUGGUGAGUUCCUUUUUCGACAACAAGAUCACAGGUUCUCAGGCUUCUCGCCUUCCAUGGGUGGAGGCAUGCAAGGCACUAGGCUCAUCAUCAGCAGUGGAAUGCAGCAUUGUGCUUCAGUCGUACGGUGAGAAGGGAGGUUUCACCAUCGGGCAAUUCAUCCUUGGCUUUGUCACUCUACUUGCGUUGGUAUGCUACAUGCUUGUUGCAAAGGUGAUACCUUAAAACUUCUGUAAUGUGCUAGAACCUGUUUUGUGAAGACCCACUCUUUCAAGUUUCAACUCGUUUGCUACGAUUUGUUUGAAACUCAAAAGUGUUGGCGGAUCACCGCUUGGUUUCUGAUGUAGAUAAUGGUUAAAUUAUGAUGAAGCACGCGUAAUUUUUAUCGUUGAGUUGAAUA